CUGCAGAGAAACUUGACUCGUGUGACAGACAGUAAAGGAAGCAGGGCAAGGGCAAACACUAAUGAAAACAAGAAAAUCCGCCGUGUACUGUUCCUGUAAAAAAGUAGAGUGACAUAGGAAGAAACUCUAACCAACUUCAUACUCCCUUAUCAUAAAUUUCAACAGUAAGAAAGAAAGACUAAAAAUACAUUGAUUUACUCCCCCACGAGGAUUACAUUGUCUUACGGGAAGUUCUUUUGAAUCAGGCAAGAAAAUAUAUUGAAGAAAAGAAGUAUUACCUUACGAAAUUUAAAAAGAAAUGAGAAAUAGAGUUAAAGAAAGGGAAAUAAGUUGAAUCACGUCACUAUUGCCAAGGCAGAGUCUUUACUUGGCCUUAACGACUCGACACAAAACAGACAGACCGUGGAGAGGUGCGGCGCCGAUGUGGUAGUGACGUGAUGGUGUGCGUGGCUUUGGCUGUGAAGGAGAAAUAAUAGAGAAAAAAAAUAUACACAACAUUGACUUAGACAUAUAUUCAAAGAGUAACCUGUAUGAGCGUCAACACCAAGGAAUCUAAACGGCAAAAUAGUAAAGAAAAACAAGUAAAUAAAGAAAUGAAAACGACAUAAUCUUUGGAAAGCAAGAAAAAGUAGAAUCAGACACAUACGAGUGAAAAAAAAAUCAUAAAGGGGUCCGUUGUAAAAGCUUAAACUUAUCAGACAGAACCUUGAAUAUAAUUAAGACCCAGACCGCCGAGUAGCCCGUCAUGAGGGGGCCGCCGACACCAGACCCUCGCGCCGCAGCCCCUUAGUAUGGAAACAUGCCGGCUCCUCUACCGCCCCCGCAGCCGCCACCACUCCUGAAUCUGGGACACGGCUUCGAGCGGCGGUGGUCCGUGGUUCGUCGCUUCCCGGGCCACCAUGACCAACCCGGAGGACCCCAUUGCUCUCACCCCCGUCAUCGAGGACAUGGACCUAGUUUCGUGGCAGGAGGACGACGAAGACGAGGAAGAGGACGAAGAGGAGGACGAGCUGGUGACGGAAUUAUCAGAUAUGGCCGAGGAUCUCUUGGAUUACACGGUAGACAGCCUCAUCGAAAUCUCCAAUGCGCUGGUCGGCCUCAUCGCUCCGCCGCCCCAAGAAAAGCCGUGCAUAUGUACCAAAAUGGACAAAGAUGGAACGCUGGACAUCAGCUUUGAUGAAUGGAGAGACUACCUCUUGUUCCACCCAUCCGCCAACCUGCACGACAUCAUCCAGUACUGGAGACAUGCUACAAACUUGGACGUUGGUGAGGACCUGUCAGUACCUGAUGACUUCUCCCUGGAGGAGUGGCUGUCAGGGAAGUGGUGGAGACACCUGGUGGCAGGCGGUGUGGCCGGCAUGGUGUCCAGAACCUGCACGGCACCUCUGGACCGGCUCAAAGUCUACCUCCAGGUUCACGGUAGCAAGCACUCCCGUCUGUCUUCCUGCUUCAAGUACCUCCUGAAGGAAGGAGGCAUCAGGUCACUGUGGCGAGGCAACGGCAUCAACGUCCUCAAGAUUGCGCCGGAGUCUGCCAUCAAGUUUACAGCAUACGAGCAGGGCAAGCGCCUGGUCCUGCAGUUUGGCGGCAGCAGGGAGCGAGAGCUGUCCAUCGUGGAGCGCUUUGUGGCGGGAUCAUUUGCCGGAGGAAUCUCCCAGUCUGUAAUCUAUCCCCUUGAGGUUCUCAAAACAAGACUAACCCUAAGAAAAACCGGCCAGUACAAGAACGUUGCCGACGCUGCCAGGAAGAUCUAUAAGAAUGAAGGUUUGAGGUCCUUCUACCGAGGCUACGUCCCCAACCUGCUGGGCAUCAUACCCUACGCCGGCAUUGACCUCGCCGUGUACGAGACGCUGAAGAAGACCUACAUGGAGCACCACACAGAGGACGUCUACCCCUCGGUAUUCGUCAUCACUGGCUGUGGCGCCAUGUCCUCCUCCUGUGGCCAGAUCGCCUCCUACCCCCUUGCCCUGGUGCGGACACGGCUACAGGCUCAAGUCAUUACCCCGGGGGUGGCUCACACGGCCCCGGUCACAAUGGUGGGGCUCUUCAAACACAUCUUUGCCACGGAGGGCAUCGUGGGCCUGUACCGCGGCAUCACGCCAAACUUCAUGAAGGUUGCGCCGGCCGUCAGCAUCUCCUACGUGGUUUAUGAGAAGUGCAGGCAAGCCUUAGGGGUGUCCAUGACAUAAGGUAAACAAGUUCUACUCAUGUGUUGUUGCCAUGUUGAUGUUUUUUUUAUUUAUUGCCCGUUCAUUCAUAGCCAUGUUAACAAACGGAGCUCUGUUCAGUUUUUCAUUGAUAAAGCGGGAAAACCUUUGUUGUGAGGGAGCAGGGGAAGGAUUCGCUGCCUGUCAGCCAAUGAUCUACAUGCAUUUAUGGAGACUUCCUGGGAAAGGUUCACACCAUGUAUUGUGAUUACACUCUUUGUUCCAGUACAAUAGAAUUCCUCUUCUGCUACAGACAGAAAAUUUAACAUUUGUAUUAAUUGUUAAGGCCUUUUAUGAAAUUAUGCAAUAUUUGUAGGAUAAAAAAUUCAUGUCAUAAUGAUGCACUACUAUACUAACAUUACUAUGGUGCAAUAUCAUACCUAUAGAUACCUCCCCUUGAAUGGAUGGCGUACCCCUGGGAGCAUUAUUCUGCGGGCCACGCUGGGGGCCUGUGGAGGGAGGCGGGUAACUGUUCUGCCUCUGGAGGACCCCAGUGUGCCAGGCAGUGUGUCCCAGAGUAUGGCAGUACAGUUGUCCAUCAAAUAGCACGGUUUCCAAUAGUUCGGUUUCAGUUUUAUAUGGAUUGUCAUGGAAGAUCUUUUACGAUUUUUUAAUUUCUUGCUCGUUGGGAAAUUUAAAAAUCCUAAAAAAUCUUCUUAGAAAAUCCACAUAAGACCAAAAGCGAACUAUUGGAAACCGUACUAUUUGAGGGACAACUUUAUAUGCAAUGAUGUAGUUGUGUGCUUACUGUGUCUGGUAAAGUGCAUGCAGACUGUGACAGGUGAAUGAGUGUUUCCUCUUUGCCAUGUGAUAAUUAUCUUUACUCAAGUCCAUACAUAUUAGUGUAGCAGAGUACAUAAUCAUCUCAGUGUCUGUGUGAGGUGGCCUCCCCCUCGCGCCGGCCGGGAGCCAUAUUUGUAGCAGCAGCGUUAGGCCACACACACACACCAGCAUCCUCAUAGAGUUGUCCUAUUUAUUCACUACUCUCAGUUCCAUGCACACUCUUGAGUGGCCUCAGUGUAGUAACUCUUCAUUUUGUCAGCUUCAUAUUGACUCAUUCAUUUCAUAGCAUUAUAUAAUAAUAAAUGAGUUCACAUAGUAGCACUGUAUGCCGGAGUAGAGCUUUUAUAUUACCACAUAUAUACGGUACCCCUUAAUUCUUAGUAGGGCGAGGCAGACAAGUUUUAGGCGCCCCUCGUGCUGUAACACACGGCAACGCUGCCCCAGUGAUGCGAGGCUGUUCAGUUUAUUUCCUUAUUUGCAACAUCCAGAAAAUAUUUGUAAUCCUAAGUAGUAGCAAUGUUUUCCGUGCUCAAGCGUAAUCGUGUCGUCCCAUUCUCCUGACUUGCACUUUUUACCGUUCUGUCUCCGUGUGUGUGUGUGGUGUUGGCAGCAUUACUUCCACUCUUUGCCAUAAUAAUAUGUCCUUAACUUAAGAUUGAAAGUCUCUUUUUUUAUGGAAUAUUAUCAUCUUUAUGCAUCAUCCUAUUCUCUACUGAACUAAGUAGCUCUAGAGUUCUUAUAGUGAGAACGGUGCCUGUUGUAGGAGACUUUUAUUUUGGUUGUCACACACACUAGGAAACUGUCAUGUGAGCAUUUUGCACCAUUACAUCGCUUUGUAUGUGUGUGUGUGUGUGUGUGUGCUGACAGGUACACUUGCAUAAGCACUUCAGUCACUGCCAGUCAGCCUGCCCCCCUAAGUCUCAACUCCCCCCCUUUCACCUCCUCUCCUCUCCUCUUCAUCCCUCACCUCUCUCUUCAUAUGAGGGUAUCUUCAUGGUGUGGGUUGUCUUUUCUACAUGAAAUAACCAAAAUAACCCAAGCCAAUCAGCGCUGACCUGGGGGAUGAGUUGCCUGGCAGUGACUGUAGCCUUGAGUGUGUGUUGUUCCUGCCUGUGUUGUCCAGUGGCUGCUUCAGUGCAUCAGAACAAAGGCUCCUGCAUCCAUUCAGCCAUUCCAAAGAGAAGAUAGGGAGGUUCUUGGGGCCUCAAGAGCAGGUCUUUCCCUGGUAUGUCCUAACUUUUCUAGCUGGACUGGAAGAGGUUUGAAGCACUAGGCUUGAUCUGUUCUGUAUCCUUGUAGGAAGUUGUUAGCUUUCAUUUGCAGUUUUUUUAUGAGCUGAGUAUUAUCACAGUAGUUUUGUGGGCAACCUUUUUCUUAGCACGCUGCCUGUAAUAAAGGUUUAAAGUUGAAAGUUUUUAUCUUGAGUCUAAGUCUUUGUAUCUUGCAAUUUAUUAGUUUUUGAGAUUAGAUUAUCAGGGUUGAUGAGGCCCAGCAGAUGCAGGGGCAUAGGCGAUUCUUUGAGGCAGUUCUGCAUAACCUUCAAACUCCACACACGGCUGUUAGCUCGCUUCACGUCCAAGAGUGCCCAACAGCUGAUCAUCCUUAUGUCAGAGAAGACUGAGGCUUGUUGGUAUGAGACUAUAAAGUUAUCCAUGCGUGUGUAUAUGUGUGUGUGAGUUUGAGUGUGAGUGUAUACAUGCAUGAGUGUGUGCUUGCGCGCUUUAUAGUCAAAAGCACAAGAUUCUCGGUCCAAAGUAGACAUGUUUAUGUUGGCAUUUGCCAUUUGGGUUCUGGUCCCCUUAGGGUUUUAGUUUACAUGCAUGACUAUGUUAUCAAAACAACUAUAUCCUUGCACCCAAGAGUUAUGCUAUGGACUUUACAUGUUGAUGGAAAAUGAUGAACACCAUUGUUGCUCGUAGUCAGAAUUACAACAAAGAAGAGCUUAGUGUAGGUAGUCAUUAGUUUUCUAUUACCAUUGUAGACUGUAUUACCUUUGGAUAGGGAACUACUACAUCCAGUGUCCCAUCCUUCCCUUUCUUUCUCCUCCUCCUAAAAUGAGAUUAUUAACAGAGCAUCUGGUGGGUAGUAAUGGGUCAGGAAUAAGCUGAACAGGAAGGUGGCAGAUCUUUCCAAGUAUUGUUAUGGUAGUCACGUGUAGGUCUUCAGCUGUGAUAUGUCGUAAUGUCCCAACAGUUGAACAGGAAAGUACAUUCAGGAAAGGAAGGUUCUAAGUGCUUGCGAAUGACAUGAGAAUAUUAUUUUUCAGGUUAUUACAAUCGUUAGUGUGGAUGCAUCUGUUGUGUUGUGAGGAUGCAUGUUUGUGUGUGGGUGGGUGUCAACUGUCCUGGAACCAUUCACUGUUGGGUUUGUCCUUUCUUCUAUGAUUUUGCUUGUGUUUUCUAUUCAUCAUAUGGACAGUGUAUAAUUUUUCUUACAUGUAUUGUGUUUUGUUAUAUGUUCUCCAGGCUUGGCUAAUCAGGAGAAAUAUGACCAGUUGAAUGCUUAAACGAUUCUUCCCACCACCUUGUUAUUUUAUAUGGCUCUUGACAGGAGAACAACAUUACUAUUGGACAGUUCUUUUUGAGAUAAGAAAGGGAAGCUGAACACUACAAUAUCUUACAUUAAAAAUGGAGAAAAGAGAAUAAAGAAAAAUACAGUAGUAAUACAAACACAUCAUUAUUUGGAGCUGCCCAAGGCUAUGACAUAUUCAGUUGAGGAAUAGAUUGAAGCCCCUUGGAAAUCAGAGUCCAUAUAAAGGUCAAGGCCCUAAACUUUCUGAUCUUUGAAAGUUGGAAAAAAUUGAUGAGUAUAGUCUGGUGUGCAUCCCCUCCCCCCUUCCUUCUGUUUGUGUGUAAUGAGUGUGUGCGUGUGUGCUUGUGUGAGUAGCUAAUGAUAACACUGAACUAAUGCUUGCUAAGUUCAUGGACCUCACUUUUAAUCAGGAUGUUUUGGUAAUUGGCAUCAUUCUCUCAGACCACAGGUAAUAACAUUUUUCACCGGCCUGCACCAUACAGAUUUUUUAUACAUAUAUUUGUAUUCAUUCAGUUAUGUGUCAUGUGAAGGAACUGAAACAUGUUAUUUAGAGCCAACAUUUUUCUUUCUGUUACGAUCAUAUUAGAAGGUUGUACAGUGUGAGAAUGUGAUCUUCUUGGAUGUACGAAAUUAAACAAGGCCUUUGCACUUGUAUGCUUUCGUUUUAAUAACAUGGAUUAGGCCAACUCUGACCUCACAGUAAAUGUACACCAUAAAACAAUGAUAUACAGAAGCACUUGAUGAAAGGCUCCAAGUGAUGGUUGGAAGGAAAGACAACACAUAUUAAUGGUGUAAUGGUGAUGCUGUUGAGUCUUGUAUUUGAUGAGCCUGGGAGGUCAUGUGUAGUCUUGAGCGCUUGUGUUGCCAUCUUUUUGUGUGUGUCUGUGAAGGUGCCCACCACAGCCCUUAAAAAAUGAUGCCCUGGAAGAUUUAUUUGUUAGCUGUGCAUGUAUCCAUUGUAUUUUCAUUGUAUGUUUUCCUUCAACAACUGUACUGUAUUUCUUUUAUUGACUGAGAAUAUUUAGAUUUUAUUGUUUGUGGAAGUAAGCACUUUGCAGAAUAUCAGUGUCAAAUAAAACUCAGAAGUGACUUAAGUUGUUAUGACUGGUAUAGGAAUGAAUAAUGUUGAAGUUUAUUUUUCUUAUUCAAAAUGAGGCAUGAAUUUGUUGACCUACAUGCAGUGGGUAUUGAAGUUUCACAUCACAAAUGAUUAAUGUUUCACCCCAAUUGUGGUGACACCAAAAUGUUUGUUAUGUUUGAGCUGGUGCCAGCCUUCAUGAGUAUAGUGUUGGCCAUUCCUGUGACCUCAGACUGCUGCCCUGAAGAGCAGGCAGGAAAACAGGAAGCACCAGGAGACCAGGAAGAGAAAAAUACCCCUAUAAGUGAUCCAAACCACUGUUGGCACAGCAAAGAAGAACACAAGAUUAAUAAUUCACAACAUCAUUGCCGCUCCUGUAGUACCAAAUGCUGUGAAACAUAAAUACUCACUGUACUUAGUUGUCAGUUCUAAAUGGAUAAAAAAAAAUUAAGAUUUGAAUGUAAUGAGAAUUGUCCGAGUCAAGUGUUGUGAGCGGCCAACAGUUUAGGAAUGGCAGGUUAUCUUAGUGUGCAGACUGCAGCAGCGGCAGCAGGACACUACGUAACUUAAUGAGGGUUUAUACAGUAUUUAUGUGUGUGUAUAUAUAUACAUAUAUUAUUUUUAUGACUUUCAAGUGAUGUUGCAGAUUCUAUUAAAAUACAAUAAAAUUUCCCAUCA